CCAAACUAAAUAGCAUAAACCAUCUUUCUUUCUAAUUCAAAUGAAGUCUUUUUCUCUUUUAUCACCUAUACUUUUACACCUUCAUCUUCUUUUUCUCUUAACCUUAUGUUUAAUGUGCUUUAGUCCUAACAAAAUUGUGGCAGUGAUAUUACAAAACCAAACCGAUUAUUUAGCAUUGCUCAAAUUCAAAGAAUCAAUAUUCAAUGAUCCAUAUAGAACUCUUGAUUCUUGGAAUUCUUCCAUCCACUUCUGCAACUGGUUUGGAAUCACAUGCAGCCCCAUGCAUCAAAGAGUUAUUGAGUUGAACUUAGAUGGAUCUGAAUUACAUGGAUCUUUAUCUCCCUAUGUUGGCAAUCUCACUUAUCUGAAAAUUCUCUACCUAAGAAACAACAGCUUCUCUGGAGAAAUUCCACAGGAGUUAGGUAAGUUGCUACAAUUGCAGCAACUUCGUCUCACCAAUAACUCAUUUGCAGGUCAAAUUCCUACAAACUUGACAUAUUGCUCCAAUCUCGAAUGGUUAUCCUUGGGUAAGAACAAUCUCAUUGGUAAAAUACCAAUUGAAAUUGGCUCUUUGAAAAAACUCAGAACAUUAGAAGUUUGGAAAAACAAGUUAACCGGAAGAAUCUCUUCAUUUAUAGGGAAUCUUUCAAGCUUAAGGGGCUUUUCCUUUACUUAUAACCACAUACAAGGAGAUAUUCCACAAGAAAUAUGUCACCUCAAAAACUUGUCAGUUUUACUUUUGGGUGGGAACAAAUUGUCUGGUAUUGUUCCUUCUUGUCUUUACAACAUAUCAUCACUUACCAUGCUUUCCAUGCCAGAGAAUAACUUUCAUGGCUCUCUUCCACUAAACAUGUUCAACACCCUCCCCAAUCUCCAACAUUUUGCUAUUUCAGGAAAUCAAUUUUCCGGUUCAAUUGCCACUUCCAUAAUAAAUGCAUCUAACAUUAUAUUGUUUGAUGUCAGUGGAAAUUAUUUUGAGGGACAAGUUCCAAGUUUUGGCAGGCUAAAAAAUUUAUCUUUUUUGAAUUUGGAAGACAACAAUUUAGGUGACAAUUCAACAAAGGAUUUGGAGUUUUUAAAAUCUUUGACAAACUGUAGCAUGUUAAAUGCGUUUUCUAUGGCCACCAAUAAUUUUGGAGGCAUUCUACCAAAUUCUAUAGGCAAUUUAUCCACUGAGCUUAAACAACUAUAUCUUGGGGUUAAUAUGAUAUCAGGACAAAUUCCUGCUGAGUUAGGAGGUUUAGUUGGCUUAACUCUCUUGAGCAUGGUAGGUAACCAAUUUGAAGGAAAUAUUCCAACAACUUUUGGGAAGUUCCAAAAGAUGCAGAUGUUAGAUUUGAACGGAAACAAGCUGUCAGGAGAUAUACCAUCCUCUAUAGGUAAUCUUACUCAGUUGUAUAAAUUGGAUUUACAUCUUAAUAUGUUUGAAGGAAAUAUUCCUCCAAGCAUAGGAAACUGUCAAAAGUUACAAUAUCUAGAUCUUUCGCAUAAUAAGCUUCGAGGAACCAUCCCUUUAGAGGUUUUUAAUCUUUUGUCGUUAACAAAUUUAUUGGACUUGUCACAUAACUCUUUGAGUGGUAGCUUACCAAGAGAAGUGGGUAUGUUAAAAAAUAUUGGUAAGCUAAAUGUCUCUAAUAAUCAUUUGUCGGGGGAUAUUCCAAUAUCUAUUGGUGAGUGCAUAAGCUUAGAAUACCUUCUUUUGCAAGAUAACUCCUUCAACGGAACAAUACCAUCCUCUUUGUCUUCUCUCAAAGGUCUUCUAUAUUUAGACCUUUCACUAAAUCAAUUGUCUGGACCAAUUCCUGAUGUUUUACAGAAUAUCUCUGGUUUGAAGUACUUGAAUGUUUCUUUUAACUUGCUGGAAGGAAGGGUACCAACAGGCGGAGUCUUUAGAAAUUCAACCCAAGUAGGAAUGAUUGGAAACAAAAAGUUUUGUGGAGGUAUUUUACAACUGCGUCUACCAGCAUGCCCCGUCAAGGAUAGCAAGCAUACAAAACACCCUAAGUUCAUGUUGUUAGCAGUGAUAAUUGGUGUCAUUUCUUUACUUUUCAUAAUUUCAAUUUUUAUAACAGUAUACUGGAUGAGGAAAAGAAAACCAAAACAACCUUUUGAUUUACCAACAGUUUCCCAAUUAGAUCAGAUUUCAUACCGAGAGUUACACCGAGGAACUGAUGGGUUCUCAACUAACAACUUGAUUGGAUCAGGAAGUUUUGGUACUGUGUAUAGAGGAAAUCUUGGGUCAGAAGAUAAUGUUGUUGCCGUAAAGGUCCUGAACCUCAAGAAGAAGGGAGCUCACAAGAGUUUCCUUGUUGAAUGUAAUGCACUCAAAAACAUUAGACACCGGAAUUUUGUUAAGAUUUUAACAUGUUGUUCUAGUUCAGAUUACAAAGGUCAAGAAUUUAAGGCUCUAGUUUUUGAUUACAUGAAAAAUGGAAGCUUAGAACAAUGGUUGCAUCCUGAGAUUUUAAAUGCAGAGCAUCCAACAACAUUGGACCUCAGUCAUAGAUUAAACAUCAUUAUUGAUGUUGCUUCUGCAUUACAUUAUCUUCAUCAGGAAUGUGAGCAAUUGGUCAUUCAUUGUGAUCUAAAGCCAAGCAAUGUCCUUCUUGACGAUGACAUGGUUGCUCAUGUGAGUGAUUUUGGCAUAGCAAGACUUGUCUCGGUCAUUGAUGAUACCUCUCAUAAGGAUACAAGUACAAUUGGAAUAAAAGGGACUGUUGGCUACGCUCCUCCAGAGUAUGGAAUGGGUUAUGAAAUGUCUACAUGUGGAGAUAUGUAUAGCUAUGGAAUUCUGGUGUUGGAAAUACUUACUGGUAAAAGACCCACAGAUGAAGAUUUUGAAGAUGGCCAAAAUCUGCACGACUAUGUUGCAAAUUCAUUUCCUGAUAAUCUUAUAAAGAUUUUGGACCCAGGUCUUGUAUCAAGAGAUACACAAGAAAAAAUGCAAGAUGAAAUUUGUGAGAAUCUUAUUCCAAGUGUUGAUGAGGAGUGCUUAGUUUCACUUUUUAGGAUUGGGCUUAUUUGUUCAAUGGAACCACCGAAGGAAAGAAUGAAUAUUGUGGAUGUCAGCAGAGAGCUUAGCAAAAUCAAAAAGACUUUUUUUACUGGUGUUCGUACUCGUAAUUGGUAAUUGAAGUUGAACUAAAUUUCUAAGGUCAUUCGUGGAAAGAAAAUUGUAUAAAUAAUGGUGCAGUGUUGUUAAGAAACUGAAUGGUCUCGCUGGAAGCAAGUGUGAAAGUGAUAUAGCUUACUAAUUUCUUAAUGAGUGAAUUUGGUUAGCAGCAUUUGAUUUUGUGUGAUUAAGAUAAGUGUAAUUUUUCCUGUAACCUUUUAUUUGCAAUGAAUAAGUUAUGUUGCAUUACUUUCUAAUUCAUUGAAGUGAGAAUUGAUAUUUUUAGUUUAGUUCAUCAGGUUAGUGCUACCAACAUCAGGUUACUUUCUGACAUAGGGCCUUUCGCAAAGAACCAUGAGGUUCUAACCGGUGAUUUUCCAAUGACUUCUUCCAUAGUUUUCUCUUCCAAUAAGAAUAUAACAGUUUCCAAUUUAAUAGUCUCAACUCUCAAGGGCCAUAUACUCGGAUUUCUAUUUCAGAGAUUUAAGCAUGUCUUUUAUGUCCAAGGUUUACCUUUCCAGACUGCAACAUAGAAACAUAUCAGAAGAAAAAUACAGUCCUUGUCCAGAAGUUUUAAUGUUACGGACAAUUUCGAAAGCAGUGUCAUAAUGAUUUGUUGUUGGAUUUUGCAUAAACUGACAUAAAUGAUGAACUGAAAAGCUAAUGUAAGGACGAGUGUUUGUCAAGUAGAGGACCUGACCAUUAAGACGUCUAAAAGCAGUUGGAUCAUGAGAAGAAGAUGUUGAAUCAUAUAGAUGUUUGAUGUCUUUUAUCAUGGAGUGCCAACAGGCUUAGUUGCAAGCGCGCCUGUAUCAGCUAGAAUAUCUGAGGCAUGUUUGCGUUGGCUUAAGUGAAUGCCUUUGGUGGUGCGAGAAACUUCAAGGCCAAGAAAACAUUUGAGGUUUCCUAAGUCUUUAAUGUGAAAAGUGGAAUCUAAAAUGGUUUUAAAAUUGGUGAUUUAAGUGGAUGUGGUUUCGGUGAGAAGAUGACUUGAAGAAUGAGGAAUGAUCAUAUUUGUAAUGGGAAUAUCCAAGAUUGAUUAAAGCAUAAUACAAUUUACUAAACCAUUGUCGACUUGCUUGACGGAGAUCAUAACGAGAUUUGUUGAGACGACACACUUGAUUAGGAGAAAUAGGCAUAAGAUAGGGCAACAACUCCAUGUAAACUUCAUGUAAAUCACCAGAAGGAAGGUGUUUUUCACCUCUAGUUGUUGAAGGAUCCAUCCUUUAGCUCCUGCAAUAGAAAAUAAAAUGCAGACAAUAGUUAGUUUGACAACUGGGAAAAUUAGAAGGAAAGUAUACCCCCUUCUUGUUGAGUGCAGCCUUUACCUGCAAGACGUGCUUUGUAGCACUCCACGGUUCCAUCAUAUUUGUGUUUAAUAUGCAACCUUAUCCUUUAAGUAAGUGGCGAGUGACCAAGUAUUGUUGGUGGCAAUGCAUUGAAGUUCAUUGUUCAUGGAAUCAAUCAAUUGUUGUGACUUAAUAUCUUGUUUAUAUGUUUAUGGUUCAAUGUCAUUUGUAAUGGAAAGUGUAUAAUAAACAUAUGACUGGGAUAAUUGUGUUGAGCAAGUGACUCUAAACACAAGAAAGGGGUGUAAAU